GGGAGGGGAGGAAGAGGGAAAUAAACAUCACAUAGGAGGGUCGGAGGAGGAGGAGGAGGGGAAAAAAUUGGGAGGGCACAGAGUCCAGCUUCUCCCCGACCAGCUAACCGGCUAAAAAAGUGAGGCUCAGUCGAGGUCAGUGAUGCUCCGCCAUCAGGACCAACCUCUGAACUCGGCCUACCGAGGGCAGGUAGGCUCCAACAAUGGCUCUUCCUCCUCACUGCGAAACAGGAAGGGUGACAAAGAUGGUAACUUCAACUUCCUGCCGGGCAAAGACAACGAGGGCUUCAACGGAGGAGGAGGAGAUGAGAACCGAAACCAGGUGCGUCCCCGCAGCUUGGGUCGCGACCCUGCAAACUCCUCCUCGUCUCCCGGGUAUCACCACAACUCAGGGGUCCUGUCACCGCGCUCCCGCCUGCCCUGCUGGAGCCCACUUGAGCCCCUGCCUGAAAUCGAGAGCGGGGAGGAUGGUUACGGCCGGGUGCCGCCUGAUGGAGCGGAGGAAGGUAGGAUGCAGGAAGAGGAGAGGAGGGUAAUGAUGAGCCAGAAUGAGGAGAAGCAGAGAGAGAAACGGGAGCAGCAGAGGAGGAAAAGCAGCUUGGGUUUCAGAGGAAAGGAAGAGGACGACGAGGCGUUGGAGGAAGACAAUGAUGAAUGGGGUGACAGUGGCUCUGAGUCUGAGUCAAGCUACCGGUCCGGCGGCAGCAUGUCCUCCCUCAAUAUGGACAGUGGAGGUGAAGGGGCGCUCAUGGGAGGCUGGGAUCGCAUCGGUGUUGGGGAACCAAAAUCUAACCAGGAAAGUGACCCAACCAGAAACAGCAACAGGGAACCAGCUGCAAGACACAAAAACUUUAGCCGCAAGUCGCUGACAGGAAGCAACCUGGGAAAUGUUCUGGAAGAAGGAGUGGAAGACAAUGACGAUCAGUCUUCAGACUCAGAUGGCGAGAUGCCAGAGCUGAUGGAUGCGGUGUGGACGCUGCGAGACCGUGAGCGCUUCAAGGCCCAGGAGAUGGAGAAGCACCAGGUGCAGCUGACCAUGUACCGCCGCCUGGCGCUGAUCCGCUGGGUCCGCACCCUGCAGGCCCGCAUUCAGGAGCAGCAGAACCGCCUGCAGUCCAGCUUCGACAUCAUCCUCACACAGAGGAAGGAACUGCUGCGUAUGGGCGCUGCGGCCGCCGUAGCCAACGCCACACCCCCUGCCGCUGUCAGCCAGUCAUAAAAAGAGAGAGAUGGGAGGAACUGAAACAGGAAGUAGUUGAAUUUGUUCUGUUUGUUUCUAUCCUGGAGCCAUUUCUCCUGAAAAAACUAUCUCCCAUCAUCCUGUCUGAUGUUUUUAAGCUUCACACUCAUGUUGCUGAUUGUAAUGACACCAAAACUUGUGUUUUUGUUGAGUUUCCUUCUGGUGUCCCACCCAGAGCAUCCAUAAAUGUAUCUGACUCAUCUUCAACUGGACUUCACUGCUGCAUCUACACCAAACCAAAUGAUUUUAGGAUGUAUUGUGCUCAAAGCAAUGAGAUCGUCAACUUUGUUGUAAGAUUAAUAUGUUUAUAUAUUUAAAAAAAUAAAUAAAAUCAGUGUUGGGUGUACUUGUUUGUCUUGACUUGUGCGUAAAAACAACACCUGCUGUACCAAAAGAGUAUUUGGGAGAUAUGUAGAUUUAUUGUUAGAGAUGAUUUAUACCCUGAGAUCAUGCUGUACAUAAAGAGAGAUAAUACGUAAAUUAAAAGAAUAAAUCUUCUAUCAAUCUGA